UUGUGUUUCACUCAUUUUUCUCCACCUGCUUCACAUUCCAAGAUUUUGUUGAGCCCAGUAACACCACCACCACACCUAAAAGCUAAAACCCUAGCCUCUUCUCCUCCUCUUCUUCUUCACCUAUAUAAACCUCAAUUAAUUUAACCUUCUGCGUAACCCCUCAGUUUUUUUUUAGGGUUAAACAGCAUUAGUAGCUGGAAAAAAACAAUGGAGCUUUGUAUACCUCAAACCUUCUCGAAUCUUCCAAACUACAAGCUUAUUAAUCGAGCUCAUCUCCAAUGGAGACCCUCUCUCUUACUCAAAAAACCCCCAAAAUCUCGAUUCAAUUCAGGAUUAUUUUACCAUAGAGGCUCAGCUAUAAGAGCAAAAUCAGAGACAGAGGCUUAUGAGUUAUAUGUACCUCCUGCGGUUGAAGAGAAAGACAAUGGCACUGUUGGAUCAAAAUCAGAGACAGAGGCUUAUGAGUUAUAUGUACCUCCUACGGUUGAAGAAAAAGAUGAUGGAGCUGUGAAGAAUGAAGCAUCAGUAGAGGAUUCUAGGAAUGACAAAGACACGGAUGCUUAUGCGUCUUUGACAUAUGAACCUCCUGAUGGAACUGUUCAGAAUGAAGCACCAAUUGAAGACUCUAGUAAAGACAAAGAGGCGGAUGCUUAUGCGUCUUUGACAUAUGAACCUCCUAAAAUUGAAGAGAAAGAUGAUGGAGCUGUUCAGAAUGGAGCACCAAUAGAAGAUUCUAGGAAUGACAAAGAGACGGAUGCUUAUGCAGCUUUGAUAUAUGAACCUCCUAAAGUUGAAGAGAAAGACGAUGGAGCUGUUCAGGAUGAAGCACCGAUAGAAGAUACUAGUAAAGACAAAGAGACGGAUGCUUAUGCAUCUUUGAACUAUGAACCUCCUAAAGUUGAAGAGAAAGAUGAUGCAGCUGUUCAGAAUGAAGCACCAAUUGACGAUUCUAGUAAAGACAAAGAGACAGAUGCUUAUGCGUCCUUGUCAUAUGAACCUCCCAAAGUUGAAGAGAGAGACGAUGGGGCUGUUCAAGCUGAAGCACCAAUAGAAGAUUCUGCUUUGGAUUUUGAAUCGCAAUUGUCCAAGUUCUUUGACACGCUAAAUAUUAAGUAUGAUCCUGAAGAUUCCUCUUCACUUAUCCUAUUUGGUGGUGCUGCUCUCACUGCUCUUUGGUUGACAACUUCAAUUGUUGGAGCCAUUGAUUCUGUUCCUCUGUUUCCUAAAUUACUGGAAUUGGUGGGUCUUGGCUACACUCUCUGGUUCACUGCCCGUUAUCUACUUUUCAAGAAGAAUAGAGAUGAGUUUGCUGCUAAAAUUGAAGAGCUUAAGCAGGCGGUAUUAGGUUCUAGAGAUGAUUAAUUUACUUGGAGAGAACAUGUGUUCCUUCUAGUUUUGUGCAAGGAGCUGUAUCUUAUAGUAGAAGAGAUCUAUCCAUAGCCAAGUCAAUGGACAAGUCUUUCACGCCGAUGUGAAUAAUAGAAAUUUGUGUAUAUGCUUUUGUUUUCUCAAACUCGCGACCUAUAAAUCAUAUGAAAAUAACUUUAUCGUUGUUUACUAGAUGUUAAUGUGAACAA